GAGCAAACCGUGGAUGGAUAAAGAGUGAAUCUAUCAAAGAACCGAAAGAAAAAAAGUUUCAGCCAGUUUCCCCAAGUGACUGACGCUUGGAGAACAAGCAAGCUCUGUUCAAACAAGGAAUCACUAUAGAUGAUGGAGUGGUCCGUUUUGGUGUUGAUGCUGAGCUUGCCAACCUUGAGUCAGGCAGAUUGCUCAGCGCAGUGUCUGAGAUGCGCGCAACAGAUUUCAGACGUGAACUCUGCAGUCAGCCGCUUGACCUGUGAAUGUGAAGGAGCCGUCCCAUCUACUAGAUCCCUAGAAAGAUGCGAGAAGGCAUUACAGGAGCUUUCAAAUGAAUUGUCGGACCUCAACGCCGAUGUUGACCGAGAGCGAAGCGCGUUAAACGCGGACGAGCUCCAAGAGCCGGCGGCAUCCAACCUCGUCAAACGAUACGGGGGAUUCAUAAAGAGGAUCGAUAAGAAUAAAAAUAAAAAUAAACUAUUCGCCUCACCCUGGAAGGAGAACGCCGUCCUUAAAGGAUUGUUCGCGAAGAAAUACGGAGAUUUGCUCCCGAAAAUGGGCGCGCGAGACGUCCCGUCGAUAACGGAAGACGAGGAGGGGGAAGAUGUCUCGGAUGAAAAUGAAACGGGAGUUUACGACAACGAUCUUCCUUUAAACGAAGUCAAACGUUACGGGGGUUUUCUUCGGAAAUUCGGGCCAAAGACACGCGACCUCGGGGAUGACAACAGCGGGCAGAUGUUGCAGAAAAGAUACGGCGGUUUCAUGCGAAGAAUUCGCCCGAAGUUGAGGUGGGACAACCAAAAGCGAUAUGGCGGCUUUUUACGUCGCCAUUUUAAAAUUUCCGCGCGCUCUGCCGAGGAACCCUCAUCUUACGAGGACUACGGGUUAUAGGUUACUGACUCAGUUCGCCAAUGCAUUCCAGUUUUUUCUUCACUAAUGUCGUGUUUUCAUCCGUGUUGAGGCUGUUUAACUAUCCCAAUCUGGCUGCUAACAUCUGGAAGCAUCAAUCACGAAUAUCGUGCAUCAAUCAUGCCUACAGGACGUUUUCAGUGACCAACCACUUGUUGUUUCCCGUUGACAUACCCCAAUGUAAACCAACAAUACAUAGCCUAUUGCAGACAAUGCAUGUUUAAAAUGACCAAUAAAGGGCAAGAACUUUAC